AUGGGCCACGGUUACUUUCGAACGUCACAAACGUCGUCAUCGUCGCGCCAGCGGGACAAGCGAGGCAAGGACACCUACAGCUACCAACACAACUACGUGGAUCGGGUGCGUCUGGAGGAUACCACCACCACCAGCAGCAGCAGCCAACACCAGCAGCUCCAUCAGCAGACCAUCCACGACCCGCGGUGUCCACAGCUCCGAGCCGCUGGCUGGCGACACACCCACAAAUCCAUAUCGCAUCUCGACUUGGCCACCAGCUGCCAUGAAGCAGCCGGUUCUGGCUUAGGUCGUCACUCGCAGCAGCAGCAGCAGCAGCUCCUAAAUCAUCAUCACCAGCAGCAGGAGGGACACCUCCUGCAUCAUCACUCCCACUCCCACUCCCAUUCCCACUCUCACUCCCAUCCUCACGCUCAACCCCAUUGGACGCAGUGUCGGGUGGGCGUAACCGGAAGUGGCAACUGCACCGGAAACGGCCAGCUGAGAAACGCCCGAUCGCUAGACUACACGCAAUUGGAACGGGACGAGAAUGCCUUGGACAUAGCCGAGUUCUAUUGGCGAUUCGAUGCGGAAGCUCCGCUAGACCAAGUCGAAAGCUACGCGGCUCUUCCCAUCAAGGACACUGCAACGACUCCAGAAAAGCCUGGAGAAUCCACCACACCCAGCCCUAAUACACACACCACCACCUCCAACAAGGUGACAUCAAAUGGUGGCUUAUCCCAUAGUGGAGUAGCCAGCGCUGCAGCCACCUUGCUCGACAUUUUGGGCAGCGGCGAGUCGUGCAGCUUGCGGAGAUCGCGCAGCUUGGCCGUAAUCCGUGAGGAGACAUUUAGCGACCUGCAAAUCGGAUCCGCAAACAGCAGUCGUCGUCGAUCGCAGCUAAUACCGCGUGCCCGGCUCGUUAGUCGUGGAUUUUUCCGCGAAUCGCCACGAUUGAACGGCAAAGCGAAUCCGAAUCCGACGACCUUGCUGGCCGGUGAUCAGCCAGCGGAUCAGCAGACGCCGCCGGCGACGGCAACAGAAGACGCCCAGAGCCAGAGAAGCCACUCAAACACCUGCGAUUCGCAUCAGCAGCAGCAGCAGCAGCAGCAGCAACUCCAACUCCAGCAACGACACCCAUCGCGUGACUUUGAUGUCUACUACGAUAAUCUGAAACGCUUGGACGCCCUGGCUUUGGGUCUGGCGGAGCCAUUGCAUCCGUGGCACAACGACAAGAGCGACUUGGAGAGCCUCAACUCGGACUAUUUCAAGAACUCGCUGCACCAGAAUCAUCUCGAGCAGCAGCAGCCCUCUUCGUUGGAGUUGGAGGCCCUCGAACAGGUGGCCGUUAGCCUGCUCAAGGAGCGUCCCAGGAUCUAUCAGUCGAGGAGACAGCAGCAGCAGCAUCACAGGAGCCUGCAUCAUCUACAGCGGCACCUGGACACUGGCGGCGAGUCCUGCCCCGAGCACAGUCAGAGCAGCAUCUUCCCGGAGACCACCACAAGUAACUCCGACGACCAGACAGACAGUCCCUCGCUCUCCGAGCAGGAAUACGACUUGACCCACAUUGAGGAGAUUUACCAGCACCAGGGUGACCAGGGAGAGGAGAGCUACGAACUGAUCAGCCUGACCACCACUGCCAGGACACGUUUGGAGAGCAGUGAAGCUGAGGAGCAAGAGGAGGAAGACGACCAAGACUCGGAAGCUACGCCUACGGAGGCUCCCACUGCCAGCGACAGUGACUGCACCCUAAGGCAGCUGCAGCACGCCGAUCAGGUGGAUAGGUUGAUAGCCUACGACUCGGUUUAUCUCUCCUCCGAGGACAGCUCUGACUGCACCUUGAUCGGAGAGAGCUGCGAGUCCUUCGAGCAGCGGACUUUCACCAGUUGCGGCGAGAGUGGCGAGUUGGAGACGCGCAGUCUGCUGCACAUUUCCAUUGAAGACACAGUGUACGAGCCCCAGGCCAAGCAGCACAAGAAGGAGCCUCCUCCGGUACUGACCACCAGCACAUCGAAGGUAGAGGCACAGAUCUUCACUCAGGUUCUCAAGGUAGAACACACGCCCAAGCCCAAGAUCCUAGCCGUUGUAGAGAAGCGCAAGCUCAAGCAAGAGGAAGUGAAGCCAUUGCCGCCGGAACUCAAGCGCCAGGCCACCGACUCCUUUAUAGUCACCAGCGCCAACGGCAAAUCCAAUCUCACAGAGAAUCAGUACCACAGUCUGCCCGAUGUCAACAUCGGCGUGAGCCUAAAGGUCUGCGAGAACAUAGACAAGGAGCUCAGGUCAUCCUACAACCAGCAGAGGCAGCAGCAGCGCAAGGAGGCCAAGAGGGAGACACAGCAGCAGCAGCAGCAGCAGGUGGUGACCCGCGCCGAGACCUACGAUUCCAUACGACGCUUUGGUCGGGCCCACCAGAAGGCCAGGCAAAGGGAGUUCCAGGAGCGCGAAAGAGAACGCGAAAGGGAAGCAUCGGCAGCAGCAGCUCAGCAGGAAAAGGAAAAGGAAAAGGAACGAGAAAAGGAUAAGGAAAAGCCAAGGAUACACAAGGAUUUCCUUAAACCAGAGUUAAUCAAGGAGAAAGUGCAGAAAUCGCAAGACAAACAGGUAGAGGAGGAAGAGGAACCCCUGCCGCCACCACCGCCACCUUUGAUAGAGGAUAUCCUGCCCUGUGAGGAGCUCUCAAAUUCUCCACAGGUGUCGCCAGAAAUCGAGGAGGAGGAGGACAACCUCUCCGUAUCCAUUUCACAGCCGGAACAACCCAAGGAGGCGCCCUCCAUUGAAGUGGCCAAUUUCAGCAAGCUAAUCGAGCGUCGUGCCCAGGAAAUCCGUGAGCGACAGGAACAAGCGAAGCCCGCGCCGCCAUCAUCAUCCUUUCACAUCAUUGUCACCGACGCCCAGAACAAUAUCAUCCAAAAGGAGGCCAUCGCGGAACAGAGCAAGAGCAAGGGGCAGCAGCAGGAGCAGGAGCAGGAGCAAACCAAGCGGGGAAUUAAUCCCGGCCCCAAAGCAAUCUCAAUCUCAAGCUCAAAUUCAAACUCAAGUGGUAAUCCCACCAACCAGCGCUCCCUGCGACGCUCACUGAGCUCCUCGAGUGGCAGCAAGCCCUUGGUGCACCGCAUCCUAAGCAGCGGUGCUCCGAUUUACAAGGCCCGGCCUGUCAAGGUUUUGGCCACCACCGCCAACGGCAUCUGCGGAGACUCCUCCUCGAGCUUUUCCCGGGCCAAAAUGUCACGACCUCAGAUACUGCACGUUGUGGAUGGCCGAGGGGGCACUCAAGGAGGAGCUGCUGGAAGCAGCCUGCGACGAAGGAGCAGUGCCCGAAGCCUGGCCAGCACAAUUAGUUGUGGUAGUGGAGCCCCGGCUAAUGAAUAUAUGCAGAAAGUGGAUGCAGUCCGAUGCUAUUGGAACAAACUGGCGGGCAAUGAACCAGCGGAAGCUGUGAAAACCGAGGAGGCGAAGCCGCAGGAGACCCAGUCAGGCAUUCACUUCCAGUUGGGUGGCGAGACCAAGGCGUACAGCCAAGAUAAAGCACCGGUAAACAGCGAUUUCUGCAGCAUGAUGCCGCCGCCCUCAAUUGAGAUUGUGGAGCUGGGCGAAGGUUCACAGAAGGCCACCAUUGUGAAGGCUGCCAUUGAACAGGAUGAGGACCAGGACGAGGAUCAGGAUCAAUUCGAUCACAUCCGGUACAAGGUGCUCAAGUCGCAGCAACUGAUACGAAGCAAUAUCCUGGCCACGCGGAAUAAAAAGGAGGCGCAGUUCGAUGGCCUCAUCCAGUAUUUGCAGGAGUACAGCUUUCAGGAGCUGCUGAGCAACAAUAAUGUGGUCAUUGUGGAGCCCGUUAGGACCAAAAUAGAGCGUCCGCUGCAGGUGGGUAUAAACCCAAUGACGACCACCACAAUACCACCACCAAAGCCGCCGAGGGCAGUCAAUGCCACCACCAGUGGUGGUUCCCAGCCAAGAAAACCCCGACAGCGACAAAUCGGAGGAGGAGCUGCGGCCAAGAGGCACUUCUUCUACCAGCCCGUCAGGGUCAACAGAGAACUCUACGAGGAUGAGCUCCCCGAUCCGGAUACAGUUCGGAAUGUGAGACGCUUCUUUGAACAGAAUGUCCUGCCCACUCCCGGCCAGGGUUUACUCGUGCAAUCGCAGCAGAAAUUCGGUGGCUCCGCCUGCCAACUGAGUCCGAAAACCCGGCGUGCUCGAGGCUAUCGAUACCUCACCAUAGACACCAGCUACGGCGGCAGUCAGGAGCAGCCCAAGGGCAUGGAGCUGCUCGAAGAGCACAAGGCCAAGCACUGGGACAAUGCCAGCCUGUCGAGUGGCAUUUCCAGCGGGGACUUGAGCUCGCCCUGCGGCGAGUAUCAGCACCACCAUCAGGAGACACCGGUGAUGGCCUGCAAGGAUGUUCACGUCCAGGACGUGGUCAGGCGACACAACAGCAAUGCGGCCAAUGCCAAGGCCCGAGCCAAGUUCGCCAACCGACGCACCUGGUGCCCGGGCGGAGCCAAUGAGUCCCUGUAUCGUCAGAUUUAUGAAAAUAAUUUGGGACAAGGCGAGCAGCAGGACGAGGACAAUGAUGAGCAGGAGGAGCAGUAUGAAGACGAUGUGGAGCAGGAUUUGUGCGAGAACUAUUACGUCAGCAAUGACGUGCUGGCCAAGAUAAGGGAGUGCGGCUCAACUGUCACCUACUAUGGAGGACGGGUCCUGGAGAAGACCACAACCAGCCAGGCGGCGCCACCACCCACAAGGAGUGGGAGUUCCAGUCAGUCGCACCAAAAUGGAUUGGCAAAUGGAACCCGCUCCCGAGUCCGUCAGAUCGAGGCCUGCAAUGUGUGCCUGCCGAGCGAGAGAUGCGAGCAUCGAUUGCAAAGCAAACAGCAGUCUGCGGCGGAUGAACAGGAGCAGCAGAAGCAGCUGGACUCGUAUCAAGGCAUCAAAUUCAAGUUGGUCAAGUCCAACAGCUGCAGUAGCCGCCUGGAGUUGGCCGGCACAGGCGGGGGAGAUGAGCUCGGCGCCGAUAGCGAAGUUGUGCGCAAAAUGGUCCAUCACUUCGAGGCGAAUCAGAUGGAUGUCGGUGAUGACCAGCUGACCAUCAACAGCCAGAGCCAGAUAACGCCGGAAAGGAGAUACCCCGGAGAGGAGGAGGAGGAGGAGAAGGAGGGAAAGAAAAUCCCCUUGGUGAUGCGACGCCAAGUGACAGUAAAUAAUCACAUCAAUGUGUUCGGGGACAUGCCCCGGGAUGAUCUCGAGAAGGCUGAAAACUUUAAUGGCCAGCCAGAGAACGGUUAUGGCCGACAUAAGGAGGAGGAGCUCUACGAGAGCCAGGCCAUGAACAUACGCCUCGAGAAUCCGGCAGGCCCUGCUCCCCCAGCUGUUGCCAGCAGCAAAGUUUGUCGCAAUAAAAACGUGGACUUGGCCUACACGCUGGUUAAGGCCACAACCACACCCGGCACCAGCACACAUCAUCCGACAAAUCCUCCCAAGGGCAAGCCCAUCGAAGUUCCGCCACAGAAAACUGGAAGGAAGCUCGAAGGAGGUGGUGAAUCAAAGGAGAAUGGUUUGGAUAUUCCUGCCGUGACAAAGGCCGUCAAACCGACGAAGGUCGUUGCGUCAAAUGACAGGCCGCAAAUCAUAGUGCCCGUGGAGAUACACCCGCAGGUGAACAGCCAGGCUUUGAUGGCCUCUCCGGCCCCGGCCCCGGCUCCUCUUCCCAAUCCCCCAGAGCGCCGGCUGAGCAAUGCCAGCAGCAGCAACUCGGUGGUGGACAAGACCGUGGUUCGUCACUACGUGGCCAACGAUAAGAGCAUCUAUGAGAGGCGCAAAUACGACGAGAUCGAGUUCGAGGAGUUUGAGGUUUAUGAUCCCAGCAAGGAACCGCCGCCGCCUCUCGAGGAGGUCCCCGAAAAGGUGGCCACCGAUGGGGAGCUGUACGACAGCCUGGAUGACAAGAUGUGAGGUGGAAAGCGGAAAUGCUCAAUCGGAAACUUCUUGGGGUCUUGGUUACCUUAGUUAGUAGCCUAGUUUAGCUAGCUUUACAGGUAAAGCCAAAAGAUUUUGCAAUAACUGCUAUCCAAAGUAUGAUUUAUUAUUAUUUAAAUAUAUAUCUAUUAUACAUAAUUCGCAAGCGAAGACAUUUGUUCACCUGUACAUUAUAAAUUUAUGCCAAUAAAUAAAUGAACAAUUUA